AUGGCAACAUCAACCAGCGAUAGGCCGCCCAAGCGUGGAAGGCCAAAACUUGGUAUUGCUAUUAAACGAAUUGGCUUACAAGCACAAGUGUAUGACGAGUGGAUUAUAAAAAAGAAUUCCCUUGGAUUUUCUGAGAAGAGCAAUAGCGAUUUUGCUAAUUAUUUGCUUCGUAUAAGCGACGAACAAAGAGGUCAAACAUCGCCUUCAGGUGAGUUUCCAAUGUAUUCUAAAGAUCUUGGCACAUAAUUUGUUUCGCUCCAUGGGAAUAGUUACAGGGUAUAUUAUUCAUGUUUGUUCCUGAUUACAUUUGCUGUAGGUCCAUGUCAUUCAACGCCUAUGGGAAAACAGAGUAGACCCCAAUUGUGUGAUUAUUCUCCCAUAUUUGCCAUGGAGGAUGAACCUAGUCAUGAUGAGUAAGUAUAAACUUUUGAAUAUAAGUAUGUUCGUGAAUUGUGAUUUGUUUGCUAAAACAUUACGGCAUAAUUUGCUUAUUUAGAAUUCUAGAUGUUACUGGCAUUUCAAGUCUCAAUGUGAGCACAGUUGAAAGUGUGUCUGUUACACUCAAUCCUGAAUUUGGAGUGUAUGCUGGGGAUAUUUCAGCAGAUAGUUUGAGUGAAGAUUCAGA